AUGAGAUUUUUUGACGGCGAAUUCGUUAGAAGCUUAAGCUUAUGGCCAGCAUGUCAUUCAAAGAGCCAAGCUCUAGCUUUAACCAGAAAUUGCAAAACACCUCCACCAACGUCUGCUGCCAGUGUCAACGAAAGAUCAAGUCGGGAGUCAGCUGAAAGGACCCUAACCCCCAACGCCGCCAGAUCGGCCACUCCUUUGGAAAACACGGUAUCUCCUCAGUCUAUCAAGGACGAUUUUGAUCCAAACAAGACUUCUUCUGAUUUAUUUGUAUUAGCCGUCAGCAAAUAA